GUUUCCUUUUGGUGAGCGCAAGCGUGUCUUGCUUGGAUACAAAGGAAAAAUGAUGAUCUUGAUCGGUCAGCCGCCAACACCUCCGAGUGCCUCGCUCUCGGCACAGUUGUGGCUGCUGGUUUUAUACUUUGGGCGGAAGCCGAUCUCAUGGACACAGGGGCCUCCUUCCCUUUGGGCUCUUGGCCCCGGUACACGGGACACCUUCCUGCUGAGCGCCUUCUAGGUGCCAGGACGGGGGGGAUCUGGUGGGAGCUCGCGGGCUAGACGCACGUCGGAGAUUUCAGAGGACGUCAGCGCCGUGGUCAAAGUGGAAAACAGAAUCAACCGACCGACCGAAACCAGGGUGAUAUGCCGGAUGGACCCCGGGGGGAGAGGGGCCAGCGUCACUGACCAGCUCCUCCCCUGGAGUCCCUGAAGCCCGCUGGCCGCCUGCCACCUUUGAGCAGUGAUGUACUUCCCCGGCAAAGCAGGCUUACCCCCGGCCUUACCCGCAGACACGGGGAAGGGGCUAUUGCCCCCUUUUACGGAGGAGGCAGCCGAGGCCCGGGGCAUCGCAGGACGCCCCGAUGAGAGCCGCCAACUGAAAUGGGGCCCCCGGGGCUGGUUCCGGUGCUGUCACCCGCAGUGCGAGCUGGUCUGGGUGGGGGGGCGGGGGGCGGACUGGGCCACACCUCCAUCCCAGACCCCCCCGGGCUGGGGUCGCCCCUGCCCAGCUCUGUGCGUCGUGGGAAACUCUGACUCCCUUUAAGGGGGACACUCGUCAUCUUUGUCACGGGUUGUGUUCAGGGGGAGGGCAGGAGGGAAGGGGGAAGCCGGGAAGAUGUCCCAAGUUCACGGUGAUCUGGAGCGGAAUUCUGGGGCCUGUUUUGACCUUUGGGUUUGUCCUGAUCUGCAGGGGAGCUGGGCGUUCGUUCCCCCCUGCCCCCAGCCGGUCCUGGGUCGCGGUGCUGGGCGGCCCCCACGGCAUGUUCCCCGGAGGAGUAAAGAGCUACUGAAGCUAGGGGUCGGGGGCACAGAGGUGGGUAAAAGGUCCCAGAGACCAGGGUGCAGCCCCGACCGUGCCCCAAGCCCAUCACCUCUGCUAGUUGUAAGAUGAGUAGAGUGGGGAGCACGUGGUGCCCACCCCACGGGACACGGUGGGAACUGCGUGACAUCAGAGCUGGCCUGUCUGAUGCACUUUCUCAUCGCCGAAAUAUUUUCUCCUUCUGGGCGACGGCCACCUUAUCCAUCUAGGGUCUGCUGCACCUGCUGUGUGUCACGUACACCCUUCUUGGGAGAAGUCAGCGGGGGGCACAGCCGUGACACUGUCCGGGGGCUGGGGACAUUCACUUCCUCUCCCGAAGGGCGUGCUGACCUUGGCCUCGCUGACUCUGGGGCCCGGGGGCAUCUGAGCAGGAUCUGGGAGUCCUCCGUGAUCCCAGAGCUUCUGGGUGCAUGGAUGCCACGUGACCGGGACGCUGUUGACUCUGCGGGUCCCAUGGUGUGCUUGGCAAACACAGGGAUUUACCCAAGGCCACCCUGUCCCCACCUGCCAGGUCGGGAGCUGGCGUGCGCUCGGUGCCUUGGGUUCGCCCAGAACACCCACCUGGAGACGCUGACCGCUCAGAUAGAGAAGAAAUUCAGGAAGGGGCGUCAGGUGGCCGGCAGUCCCGGAGGCCCCCGAGCCUUCUCCCUGACCAGGAACCUGCGGGGGGACGGCACGCUUUCCGGGGGGUCGGUGCCCAGACAGGCUGAGGCUCCAGGUCAGCCGCGAGCCCGCUGGAUCAAGGCCGAGGGUCACGGUGAGGGUGAGAAGGGACCCGCGGGGUGGAGGGGGGAGGGGGAGGGGCAGCUCGGCCAGGGCCUCCGCAGGGGGAGCGGGGAGCGAGCAGGUCUGUCCCGCCGCACGCAGAGAAAGGGCCCGAUUGUCUGCGCGCCGGAAGCGCGGGCGUGGGCGGCUGGAAGCGCCGAGAAGGUGGCCGGCCUCGCCCGGCAGCUGCCGCCGGAGCCGCCCGGGGGUGACGUCAGCGCUGGCGAGCGGGGAGCCCGGCGGAGAGGGGGGCGCUCGCGGCCUCGCCACAAUGCGACCAUUGUGGGCCCGUGA